AUGACCGUCACAACAUACAACAUCCUCAUCCUCCCCGGCGAUGGCAUCGGUCCGGAAAUCAUGACUGAAGCCACCAAAGUCCUGGACGCGUUCACCUCGCCCGCUCUCCGCUUCAACCUCCGCCAGGAACUCAUUGGUGGAUGCAGCAUCGACGUACACGGCAAGCCGAUCAUGGAGGACGUCAAGCAGGCCGCAUUGUCGUCGGACGCGGUGCUUUUCGCCUCGGUCGGGGGUCCGAAAUGGGACCAUGCGCGGCGUGGAUUAGACGGGCCUGAGGGGGGUCUGCUGCAGCUGCGCAAGGCUAUGGACAUCUAUGCAAACCUGCGACCUUGCUCAGCGGAUUCGCCGAGUCGCGCCGUGUCCAGAGAGUUUACGCCCUUCCGGGAUGAGAUCAUCGAGGGGGUGGAUUUCGUGGUGGUCCGGGAGAAUUGCGGAGGGGCGUAUUUUGGACGGAAGGUUGAGGAUGAUGAUUACGCAAUGGACGAAUGGGGCUACUCCACCUCCGAAAUCCAACGCAUCGCGCGCCUCUCCGCCGAAAUCGCUCUACGUCACGACCCCCCUUGGCCGGUGAUCUCGCUCGACAAAGCCAACGUGCUCGCCUCCUCGCGGCUCUGGCGUCGCGUGGUCGAGAGAACUAUAACAACCGAAUACCCCCAGGUUAAGCUGGUGCACCAGCUCGCCGACUCGGCGUCUUUGAUCCUUGCGACGAACCCGCGCGCCCUGAACGGCGUGCUCCUGGCCGACAAUACCUUCGGAGAUAUGAUUUCCGAUCAGGCGGGUUCGAUCGUCGGCACGCUGGGUGUUUUGCCAAGUGCCAGUUUAGAUGGACUACCAGGUGGGUCGGGAGACACGAAGAAGACGAAUGGAUUGUAUGAGCCGACGCAUGGGUCUGCGCCGACCAUCGCGGGCCAAAACAUCGCCAACCCCGUUGCCAUGAUCCUCUGCGUGGCGCUCAUGUUCCGCUACUCGCUGAACAUGGAACCCGAAGCGCGCCGGGUGGAAGACGCCGUGCGAACGGUGCUGGAUGCAGGUAUCCGCACGCCAGAUCUGGGAGGGAAGGCGGGGACAAUGGAAGUGGGGGAUGCGAUCGUGCGGGUCCUGAAAGAGCAGAAAGUUUGA